CAGGAUGAUUUCUGCACAGGAACUACUGAACUCCACAGGCCCAGAACACACCAGCCUCACAACUCCUCACAACUCCCCAGCCUUAAUGUGUGUAGGCAGGACAAGGAGAACACCGAUUCAAUCCAGAAGAAGAGGAAAAAGAAGAGGCUAAAUGAGAAGGGAACCCAGGUUGAACUAGGCAUGCGGGAGGAUAUCCAUGACCUUGACCUCGCCCAUUGGAGAUUGGCUAGAGAGACAUGGAGAACUGAGCGAGGAAACAUGAGGGAGAUUAAGGCGCUGUAUGGAGAAAUAUUUAGGCUGCACCAACUCUUGGAGGAGAUUGGGGUGGAUAAAGGGGUGAUCAAGCAGCGCUCCACCUCUUCCAUUAUUUGUCCCGUCUCCCCGACACUGCCAGCUUUCCCCUGGUACAACCACCACAGGUACCUCGCCAACAGCCAAUCGGAGCCUGACCAGCAUGCUGCCGGCACCCAGAAGGACCCACCUAAGAAACACUCAAUCUUUCCCCCUCUGGACACACAGAGCUGCACCUCCCCUGAUAAAUGGCCUCAUUCUCCGUCCAAGACGUCACACCCACACGCUUCACACCGAUUUGCUGUCCCAUCCCACCUCCUGGCUCCCGGCCAUCCUGCCCGGAUGAGACAGACCCAUCCGCAGGUCCACCCCAGGUCCCCAUUGACUGGCCAGGCAAAGGUCAAGGAUGAGGUUAAGAGGCAAGAGACUGCAUCGUCUGAGGAAUUGUCUGAGGAAGUUCAACGGAGAGGAGCAGAAAUUGCAAGCAUGUAUAAAGCACAGCUGAAAGAGAGGAUGGCCCAAAAGAGAAAGGAAGAGAUUCUGAAGAAAAUGGCAAACAGCGAUGACAAGAACGAUGACAGUGAGGCCUCCUGCUCCUCUGCAGUAAAACAAUCUAAUAUCCCUGCCACAGCCCCCGAGCGCCCGGACAGCCCAGAGGCCACGCCAGUGGCCGCCCGAGAGGACACUCAGGGGGACACCCAGCAGGACCUGGCAGAGGUUGUGAAUGUGCUCAAGAGGCAAUCAUCUGAUCUAUACCUGCCUGACGAUGUUUGUGAGGAGUCACUCACAUGGAAAUCCAUUUACGAGGAGCUGUGCCCGCUCGCUCACAGAGUGAACACAGAAGCUGACUACAUCAAGGCGCUUCGCGUCAUCACUGAGAAUGCUGUGACUCCCUCGUGCUCGUCUGAGGAUGACGUGUCUCAGAGUGUGAGUGAGGACACAAGUCAGGAGGGGAGUAGUGAAAGUGAGGAGAGCAUGAGUGGACAACAGCAGAGAUGUCUACACAGGGAUCCUUAUGGUAAGAGGGACAGGAAGGAGAUUGAUAGUGGUAAAAGGGAAGGGAGAUUUGCAACCGCCAAUGCAAUGUCUAUGAUGGCGAGCCGAGGGAUAGAAGAACUUAAUGCCAUGAGCUACGCAGACAGGAUCAAAUAUUUCAAGUAUGAGGCUAAGAGAAAUGAAGAGAUGAUGAAGAUUGAAAGGAGGAAGGAAAAAGCCAGGGACGAAGAGCUCAAAAAGUGGGAAAAGAGACAGAAGAAAUUGAAUGAGGAGGAAAGGAAAAGGACAGAAAAUAUGGAAAAAAACAAGUUAGAGGAGCAGAGGAAAAGGGAGAAGGCAGAGAUGAAACUAAAGAUCGAACAUGAGAAAAAGAGACAAGAGCAAGAGAAAAAGAGGGAGAAAAAAGAAAGAAAGCAGCAGGAGAUGCAACAGAAGGCCCGUGCAAAAGAAGAGAAAAAGAGGGCAGAGGAAGAGAAAAAGAUGGAGAAACAGAGGAUGGAGGAGGAGAGGAACAGGGGAAAGGAGAGAAUGAAGGUGUUGGAGAUGCAGCAAAAGGCACGAAAGAAAGAAGAGAAGAGGAGGAAAGAGGAACAGAAAAGGAGAUUGAAGAUACAACAGGAACAAGAGAAGGAGGAACAGAAAAGGCAGACAAGGAUACGGGACGAGGAUAAGAAGAGAGCAGAGCUUCAAAGAAUAAAAGAUCACGAGGCCAGGUUCAAGAUGGAGAUGGAGAAACUGUAUGAGAGAGAAGAGAGGAAUGCACAGAUUGAAAGAGAAAAGAGGCGUGCGCUGUGUCAGAAAAAAGGACAGACACAGAGAGCAAAACAGGUGGUGGCAUACGAGGUCACAGCGUCUACAUCUGACGCCUCUGUGCGGAGGGAAGAGAGAGAGCAGCGUCCAGAGACCGCUCACGCACAGUCUGCAAAGAGGAGAACAAGGAAGAAGCAGAAGAAAGAGGCGGACGAGGCAUCGACAACUUUUGAGUAGAUGACAAAAGAAAGGGAGCAGACAAAAGAAGAAAUGUACAAGUCAAUGCUCCUAGGUAUGUUGAUACAUGUAAAUAAACAACAGAGUUUUUUUUAAGAGAAAAAAACAAACAAAAAAAUGAGAAAAUAAGUAAAAGGAGGAACAAAUUAUAAGGAAGCCAGGCAUGAGGGUGAAGAGGAGGAAACAUGAGAGAGGAGGAAGAGAGACCAGAGUGGUUUAUCAGGAGG